GCUCCGGCUUCGGUAUUAUUGGUUGAAUAUGAGCUGAUUACAAAACCAGCAGGUGGACAGAAAGGUUCGAUACAAUCACCUGAGAGACGAGUUUAUAGUUAAAACUGAUAGAAGACAACAUGGACAAGAUGGACAGGACGGUCAGCCUCCCCAACCAGCCAGACAGGACCACCACAGUGACUCUGGUUGAGCACAGCAGCGCCCCCAGCGGGCUAGAACUGGUUAGUUCCUACCAGACCAACAGAGUGGGAGACCCCAUGGACCUGGUGGCCUUGGCAUCACAAGUACAAAAGGGAGAUGAUUUCACUAAAGCCAACGCUUGUAACAAACUGACAGUCAUUGCUGAUCAGAUCAGAUACUUACAGGAACAGGCGAGAAAGGUUUUAGAAGAUGCUAAAAGAGACGCUGACCUCCACCACGCUGCCUGUAACAUCGUGAAGAAGCCAGGCAACAUGUAUUACCUCUACGAGCGGCCGUCUGGACAGAACUACUUCUCCAUCAUCUCUCCUAAGGAAUGGGGUCCGAGUUGUCCUCACACGUUCGUCGGUGCCUUCAAACUUCAACACGACAUGUCCUGGACGCCCGUAGACCAGGUGGAGAAGAGGGACGCAGAGAUCGCCAUCAUGGACAAACUUCUCAGCCAGAAGACCUCCUUACCUCCUUACACAGCAGAACCCAACUUCAAGGGCCUCUCUGACUGAAGGACUGCUGGACUGGACUGAAUAAAGGACUCAUGGUGGAUGCUGA